AUGCAAGGUAGGAAGGUAGUCCGUGAACUAUACUUUGACCCGGAAAUCGAGAAAACUGCAAGAGUAAACAAAAAGGCAGCCCGAUUAGCUCGUGAAGCUGCUCGGUCUGCAAAUAUUGCAAAUAACAUAAGUGAAGAAGAGGUUUCUAGUCCAAAACAUUCGGACAACAAACUUAACAUCCAUAUCAUGGCUGCUGAUCCACCGCCUCCCUUGAGAACAUUAGGUGAUUACGACCAGAGAAACAAUGGAGAGCUGGCUAAUUUGGGAUUUCAACCGAGAAACCCAGUGUCAUUUGAAAUAAAGAAUUAUGUGUUAAGUGCCCUCAAGGAAGACCAAUUUUCGGGUUCAGAGUCACAAAAGUUCUAUGAGGCAUGUGAUUAUACCGACCCUCCUGGUGUUUCAGAAUCUGCAAAGAGGUUAAGGCUUUUCAAGUAUUCUCUAAUUGGAAGAGCAAAAGAUUGGUUGGACACUAUACCACCAAAUACCAUCAACACUUGGCAAGAGCUGGAGGUAAAACUCUUAGAAAGAUACUUUCCCAUCCAUAAGUACCAUGAGAGAAGGCAAGACAUAACAAGCUUUGAGCAAGGUGACUCUGAAACAUUGUAUGAUGCAUGGGAAAGAUUUAAGCUGAGUUUGAAGAAAUGUCCAAAGCAUGGUAUUGAUAGUCAUGCUCAAAUGCAGCACUUUACUCAAGGAUUGGGGCCUCAAACCAGGAUGUUUUUGGAUGCAUCGACAGGUGGUUCUUUGAAGAAUAAAAAUGAGAAUGAAGCUAGAGAGCUACUUGAAAAUAUGUCCCAGAAUGAGUAUAGAGUUCAAAAUGACAGAGGUGCAAAGAAAAAGGGUGGUAUGCUAGAGCUUGAUACACAAACUGCUCUUCUAGCACAAUCCACUUUGAUGAAUUCUCAAAUGGCGGCUAUGUUGAAACAUUUCACCAACUCUUCCAAUUCCCAAAUGCAAGUAAGGGCAGCUCAAGAUUUGAAGUGUGAUUUUUGUGGGCAAGGCCAUGUCAAUGGUGAAUGUUUUCCUGAAGGGUCUUCUCAAUCUCAACAACAAUCAUCUUCACAAAGUUCUCAACAAAGGAAACCGUCUCAACUGGAAGAUACUCUUUCUCAAUUUAUCAAGGUGACUCAAGGAAAUUUUGAAGCAAUGAAGAUUAGCCAAGACCAACUGAAAGCUAACCAAGAUAUUGCUAACAAGAAUCAUGAAGCUUCGAUUAAAAACCUUGAAAAUCAAAUGGGUCAAUUGUCAAGACAAUUUUCGGCUACUCAAAAUAAUGGCUUUGAAGGUUCUACAAAAGACAACCCAAGAAAUGAAACUUGCAAGGCGAUCAACUUGAGAAGUAGAGUGGUUCCUUCACCGGAGGUCGAGAUGAAGAAAAAAAAGGCUUUGGAACAAAUGCCCAUAUAUGCGAAAUUUAUGAAGGAGCUUUUGACAAAGAAGCGAAAACCUCUUGAUGAUGAGACGAUAGACAUGACCGAAGAGUGUAGUGCAAUAAUUCAAAAGAAGCUUCCAUAA